UUAUUUAUUUCAAUGAAAAGCAAUGAAUGUUUACAUUGAAUGGCAUUUGAAGUCAUUUUUUCUUCAUUUCAUUUCAUUUCGUUCUUUGAAUUCAAAGAAUCGAUGUUUUGAUUGAAUUGUUUUCUGCAGUUGUUUUGUGUCUGAAAUUUCUGUCCAAAGAUUUCGAUUGUAAAGAGUUUUCUUUUUUUUAACUGAACAACUGUUUGGUGGAUCAGUUGUUUAAGAUGACGGGCGGUAUUGGACAACAACAACAACAAGCGAUGGGACGGUGCGGUCCGUCACAAAUCACUUACAAAAACCUAAAGUUCCUCAUAACAGAUAAGCCAAACGACGCCACUCUUUCACAAUAUAUCGAUGAACUGAAGCUCCGACACGUGACGGAUGUGGUGCGCGUCUGCGAGAGUACGUAUUCGUCGGCUCGUCUUCAAGAGGCCGGCAUUACUGUCCACGACUGGGCUUUCGACGACGGAACUCCUCCGCCGCAAUCGAUAAUCAAGAACUGGUUGUCGCUGUUGAUGACCCGAUUCGGCGACAACGACGACGAGGCGUGCGUCGCCGUACACUGUGUGGCCGGACUGGGACGGGCGCCGGUAUUGGUUGCCAUAGCGUUGGUCGAGGCGGGAAUGAAGUUCGAGGACGCGGUUGAGACGAUUCGUCGGGAACGUCGCGGCGCUAUUAAUGCCAAACAAUUGCAGUAUUUAUCGCAAUAUAAGUCGCGCUCGCGUUUACAGAACAGACGAAAAGCCAAUUGUUUCGUUCAGUAAUUAAUUAAAAAAAAAU